AUGGAGACCAACAAGUUUUGUGGAUACUUGGCCCAAAUUGAGAACCGGAAUGAAAGUGGUAAAAAUGAGCAUGACAAGAUUGAAGAUGCAAAAGUUAUGUAUCAAAUUAAUUGCAAAAAUGCAUUUCAAUUGGAACAUUGUUGGAAAAUUUUGAGGAAUGAAGCUAAGUGGUUGAUUCUAAGAGAUAGUUUGAAGGCCCGCACAAGUCAACCAGCCACCCGACCAGCCACACAACCAGCCACACAAUCUUGUCAUACUUUUGCAAGCUCAAUAAAUCUAGAUAAAGAUAAUGAUGAGAUGAACUCCGGCGAAACCUUGGAGAGACCCAUAGGCAAGAAGGCCGAAAAUGAGAAAUUAAAGAAAAGAAAGAAUUGUGAUGACGUGGUCCCAACACUUUCCUCCCAAUUGGACGAAAUCAAGGAAGAAAAUAGAAGAAUGCAUGAGGAGAAAAAGGAAAGUAUGCGCAUUGCAUUAGAAGAACGAAGAGAGGCAAUGCACAUUGCAUCCGAAGAACGAAGAGAGUUGAUUCAUAUCAAGGAAGAGAAGAAUGAAGUAGAAAAGAGGAAAAUGGAAGAUGAACUUAUGAUGAAAGAUACAAGAACCAUGGAUCCUGAGCAAAAAGAAUAUAUUCAUCUACGUCGUUUGGAAAUCUUGGAGAGGUUAAGGUCUAAAUAUACAUCAUAA